AAGUGGUUGCUGUUGCUGUGACGCCGUUAAGCUUCAGGGAAGACUUUCGUUUUCAUUUCUUCACUGUUGUUGUAGUUCAUUGUUAGGUAAAAGAAACAUGGCAGGUUUGGAGGUGUUGUAUACCUGUGUCGGUGGCAGCAUUAGCUGUCCACAGGACGCUGUCGUGUGUUUCGUUCACUGGGAAAUGAUAAAGAGUGGAUACAGGUGCAUCGGGUCUGGAGACGAGCCCUGCAGCAGUGAUAAGAAGUCAGAGCUGCUGCCGGCUGACUGGAGCAGCAACAAGGAAUUGUACAGUCUGCGAUAUAAAGCCAAAGACAGUGACACCCAGCUGCUGCUCAAAGCCAUCUCUGUCGACUCCACUCUGAUCUUCAACCUGAUGAGCUCCGGCACACAGCAGGUGUCAGACCUGACGGUGAACAUCAGCGAUCACGUGGAGGCUGACCAGUUGCGCACAUUUGACAGUGUGUUCAGGGAUGCAGACAGUCUGUCAGAGAAGGUGAAGACUCAGCUGCUGCCCUCCCAGGAGACGCCAACAGGACAGAAAAAGGGUCGGAGGGAGGAAAGUGAGGAGCAGAGACGAAGAAGAGAGGACAGUGACCCCCUCCGCAUCCCCAACAGACAGCCUCGCCAGGGACCCCCGCCACACUGGCGCGACCCCAUGGUUCCCCCGUUCGCCGCUGGAGGAGCAGAUCUGGAUCCCUUCGGGACUCGCGGCGGUGGCGGGAUGAUAGUCGACCCGUUGAGGUCGGGGUAUCCUCGCUCUGGUUUUGACCCCUCAAUCGGGAUACCAGACAUUCUGCCUCCCGGAGCUGUUCCCCCGGGGGCUCGCUUUGACCCGUUUGGACCCGUCGGACGACACAGACCAGGCCCGGACCCGGACCACAUGCCCCCGCCCGGCUACGACGACAUGUUCAUGUAGUACUUCCUUUUAUUUCUACUUCCUGUUUGCUACUCACACCAUCCUGUCCUCCAGCCAAUAGGAGCCAGGAGGAAGCCCUCACCUUCACCUCCUUCAGGGUUUGAUCCAGUUUAGUGGCCUGAAAAUCAAAACUGUUUUUGAGAACGAGGGUUUGUUUUCUUAGUUUUGGUUCCAUAUAACUAAUGUAUAACUCGUGUAUAUAACGUAGAUGUCCUCUGCUCCUGGUGUUAAAUAUACAUCAGCAAAUCAAUGCAUUAGCGGGUUUUUCCUCUGCUUCCUAAAUGAUAGAAGUUUAGAUUCUUAUCGUCCCAUUAAACACCUUGUAGUUAAUAAUUUAUUCACAUUUCUUGUUUUUCUCUUGUGGAUACAUUAAAAAAAAAGCAUGAAAUAAGGUUCUUUAGGUUUCUGGUUUGGAUUGUUAAUGAUUAAACGACAUGGUUGAUGAAAUAUUUAAUGCCAAAAUAAAAAUCUGAAACUUUCUGG